UAAGGCCGACCUCAGAUCAGCUGUCAGUCAAAUACAGGAUCUCAGAGGAGCACGAGCACCGGAGACGAACCGCGGGACAAACCAUCAUGUCUGAACCAGAACCAGCAGCAGACCAGCUGAGUCUGGACCCGGUCUCCACCUCAGACCGUCAGACAGGACGCGUUGAUAAAGUCUCUGAGAUCCGGCUGGACUCUGAGCCACAGAAGAUCCACGUGGUCCCGAUCCACCGGCGUCCGGACCUGCUGGUCCCCUGUGCGGACCUGGUCAACUCUGAGUGGCAGAGGAGUCAGGCGGCCCGGGUCCACUCCCUCCAGAAGUCCGGUCCAGAGUUUCCCGUCUGCCUGGUUCUCCUGCAGGGCCACAGAGAGACAGAGAGGCUGCUGGGACACGUCCGUCUGUCCCGGGUCGUGGGUCACGGCGGCAGUCUGUUCGUGGAGUCGGUGGUCGUGUCCAGGGCAGAGCGGGGGAGGGGCUACGGCCGGACUCUGAUGGAGGAGGCGGAGCGUUACGCCAGAAAACGUGGAUUCAGACGUCUGUGUCUGACCACACACGAUAAGCAGCACUUCUACUCACACCUGGGCUACGUGCUGUCCACGCCGGUGCAGAACGCAGGCGCCAUGACGUCAUUCGUUCCCAUGGAGACACUGCUGAAGUUCUCCAGGAUGGACACGCAGAAACAAUCUGGGACAAACAUGGAGGCUCCAAUAAAACAAGAGAACAGGGACUCAGAGGGGUCACCCCCUCCUGCUAGUUUACCUCCCCCUCCUCCCCCUCCUCCUCCCUUCCUCAGUCCUCUUCCUCCUUUCUCUUCCACCCCUAAUCCUCCCCCACCACCACCUCCUCCCUUCCUCCCUCCCCCUCCUCCCCCUCAGUCUUCAGGACAGCUGACAGUCCAGACUCUGACUGAGACUCCCUACAGAGACGCUAAAGGAGUUCCCAUCUUCUGGAUGCACAAAGACAUUUGAUGAACACAGUCAGAACACACAUGAACACAUGAACACAUGAACACAUGAACAUUCAGGGUUGAUGUUCAGACCCAGAAACAAGAGGAGAAGCAGAGUCUCAGUGAACCAAAGGAACAUCGAUCCUCCUCUGUUCGUCACGAGGUCUUUGUUUCACUCGUUUACAGCCACGGCCUGAAGCUCAUGACUUCAUGUUCAACUCAAACACUUGGACAAAUUUCAAACUAAGAUGCUGUAUUUUACAACCUGCCUCUUAUUUUGACAGGUUCGUGUUCUGGUUGUAGUUCAGGUUCAGGUUCAGG